UUCGGUCGCUGACGCUACGCAGCGCCUGUACGCGGUGACGUCAGGCUCUCGUGGAUUGGCGCGCUGCCAUCUUUGAUUGUGCGACAGGCCGCGGCGCGAGCGGGGCCCUCUCUCGAGCGCACGAGAAACCGCCCGUUACUGCUCCCCUCACACCGGCGACGUGACCAAAGAGACGUAACGAGAAAGAAAACGAUAGAGAGAGAGGGAGAGAAACGCUUCUCUCUUGUUGGUGGAGGAGGUUUUGUGGGUCGCUAACCGCUCGGCUAGCUGGGACUAGCAUAGCACGAGUUUUUGUAAUCCACAGCCGGCCUCUCACACACACACGCUCAAACACACAAUACAAAGGGCCAGGACACAGACCUUCUGGACGGAAUAAACGAUAUACUUGAAGAGAGAGACGGGACCGGCGGAGAUAGGGGCUGGUUCUGAGGGGUGAGGCCGCAGGACCAGACUCAAUGAGUUUCCAGCGAAAUGUCCGAGAAGUCAGGGCAGAGCACCAAGGCAAAGGAUGGCAAGACCAAGUAUGCAACCCUUAGCCUCUUCAACACGUACAAGGGCAAGUCUCUGGAGACCCAGAAAACUGCAGUUGCUGCCAGACAUGGGCUCCAAAGUUUGGGCAAAGUUGCGGUCAGUCGGCGCAUGCCCCCUCCGGCUAACCUGCCCAGCUUAAAAGCUGAGAACAAAGGCAACGAUCCCAACGUUAGCAUCGUACCCAAGGAUGGCAGCGGAUGGGCCUCCAGACAGGAUCAACCAGGAGACGAACGGCAGCAGGAGACCCCUCCACCACAACCCAAGCCAACUGUACCCCAGACCUCUGAUGCCCCUCUGGGAGGCAGCCGCUCCUGGGCCAACAGCAAACAGUCUGGGCAGCUGGAUGGAGCUCCUCGGAUGAGCAGUCAGUUCCAUCAGGAGUUUCCGAGUCUGCAGGCGGCAGGUGAGGCGGAGAAAUCAGGCGAUCAGGAAGAUGAACCCUACGGGCCGGGCCCCAGCCUCAGGCCUCAGAAUGUGGGUAGCUGGCGGGAAGGUGGAGGCAGGAACUUAAACGUUGCUCCCAGCCCCUCAGAGACUGAUGGUAAGCCCUCUGAGGAGUCAGGCGUGGGUCGAGGCACACCAUCUCCCUCGGGGGACUCUGAUGAGGCAGGGAAACCCUCUGCUGGGGAGGGCAAAGAAAGGAGAGAUGCCAGAGACAGGCUCCCACCUACUGCCACUCAGCAUAAACUCAAUGGUGGCCAGCAAACAGCGAAAGGAAUGUCAUCUCAGUUCCAAGCUGCCCAGUUCAGGAGCAUGAUGCCGCCGUAUAUGUUCAAUGCUUACCCUCGAGGGCCCUUUCCUCCUGUACAAAGCAGCUUUAGAUACCCUGGACAACAGGAGAUGUCUAAGGGUCCACGGUCUGGUGGAAGACCCUCCCAGCCUCCUUCUCAGUCAUGGUUGCAGGAUCCAGACAGGCCAUCAAUUGUUAGUGCCACUGAACUUAAAGAGCUAGACAAUCUAGACACUGAUGCUGAUGAGGGUUGGGCAGGUGCUCAAAUGGAAGUUGACUAUACUGAGAAACUGAACUUUAGUGAUGAUGAGGAGAACCAUUCUGCUAAGGAGAAAGGCAAUAACUGGCAGUGGAUGACUAAAGUUGAUCGCAUGAGGUCAAGAAAUGCUGAUGUUCAGGAGGGAUGGAAGGAAGGAGAAGAGGAGAGGCGUGACAGCAAGAGCUCAUGGGCAGAAAGUGGAGGCCUCAGGGCUCCCUCACCUGGCAAUAUUGUCCAUUAUAGCAAGAUCUUUCCUCCACAAGACCAACAGGGCCAAACUGUUGGACGUUCUGUGGGAAGUGGUGGCCCCCGUGUUACAAAGCUACCCAGUACAGCACCCCCUGCUGGUGAGGAGGAAACGGAAGCGUGGCGACAGAAACGGAAGAAGCAGUCAGAGCUUUCGGAAGCAGUAGAACGUGCUCGCAGACGGCGUGAGGAGGAGGAACGUCGCAUGGAAGAACAGAGACUUGCUGCAUGCAAAGAGAAACUAAAACAACUGGAGGAGAAACGACGGCCUUCGACUACAGAAACUACUAAACCAACUACGCAAGCCCAUGGUGAUCACCAGGAAGUGACUGAAACUGUGCCUAAACCACCUGCUGAAACUCCACCCCCUCAGCCUCAACCACCACCUUCCCCUGCACAGCAACCCUGCCCUCCCAUGCCAACCCAUGAAAGGACAAAGCCCACUGUGGAGGAGGUGCUACAAUUUGUUUCCCGACAACCUAGCCCUACUGUCCACAGGACUGCCCCAGAACCCCAAAGCAAGGUUGAUACUGCUGUAACAGAGGAGGUGCAUGGACAGGUGGAGAGACAACCAAUGAGAGACUACUUCAGUGCUGAGGAGCCCAGAGUUGAGGAGCCUCAGUUGUCUUUAUCCAGACUCGAUCAUUCUGUCAGCGAAGAUGCACCUCUUCCAACUAAACUGGAAAAUGAGGGAGACACUGGGACUGCUGUUCGCUCUUCUGUCACCUCUGGAUAUUCAAAACAGUUCCAGAAGUCUUUACCACCCAGGUUCCUUAGACAACAGGAACAGCUUAAACAACAACAGUGGCAACAGCAGCAGCAGGGUGGAGGGGGUCCAGUCUCUCCCUCAGGGGGUUCAGUUCCCCCUCAGCACAGAUCCUUAUACCAACCUCUCGGCCCCCACCACCAACACCUUGCCUCAAUGGGCUUUGACCCACGCUGGCUAAUGAUGCAGUCUUACAUGGAUCCUCGUAUGAUGUCUGGGCGGCCACCAAUAGACAUGCCUCCUAUGCACCCCGGGAGAAUGCCUCCUAAACAACUGGUACGACGAGAGCCCACAGACAACAGCAGCUCUGGAUCAGACACUUUUGAUCAUCUGACCCGACCAAUCAGAGAACACAGAGUUCCUAGUGAGCCUCGGAUGGUCUGGGGUUCUGACCCAUAUCCCUCAACAGAGCCCCUGCCCUCUUCUGCAACCAUUAAAGGGCGUGAAGAUGGCAAGGAGACAAGAUUGGAUGCUGGUCUGGAGCUGGAUAGAGGUCUAUCAGGUGUCUACCCUCGGGACCAUAGCCCACUUGAGCCCCGGGGCAAGAGCAACUUCUUCAGGGAUUCAUCUGAAACCUUGUCGUCUUUUAGUCAUGUCUCGGAAGAGGUUCCAUGUCUCCUACAGACUGACCGAGCACCAGUCAUCCCUUCUUUUGAACCCGAGGAGGCUAACCUCUCUGGUGCAGAUGAGGUUGAAGCCAUUGGACAGGCUGUAUUGAAACGGAGUAUCUCUCAAGGCUCCAGUCACUCUCUGAAACUGGAAGAGCCCAGAUUUGAAGGACUUACCAUAGCACAGAAAACCCUGGACUUCCCUGAUACUGUGGAAAGACAAGAGGACAAGUCCAGAAAGGAGCCUUUUGGACAAGGGUCUGUGAUCAACAGCCGUUCCACUCCUCCUGUGGCUAAUGAUGGUAUGCACAAAACCGACAAGCUUACUUUACCUGCACCCAGCAAGCAGAAGUCAGAGAUGCGCUGGGGUUCCCGUGGAUCCGGAUCUGGAAGGAGAGAGGGUCCUGGAGGGGAGCGGCCAGUGAGGAGAUCUGGACCUAUUAAGAAACCCGUGUUGAGAGACAUGAAGGAAGAGAGGGAACAGAGAAGAGAGAAAGAAGAGAAGCACGAACGAUGGGAGCGAUCCAGAAAAGAGGGUGCUGCUCCCAAAGGUGUUACUUCAGCUGCUGUAGCAGCGUCUGAUGGACCGAAGCCCUCUGGUGAUGGUAAGAAAGUUGUGGUAGAACCUGAAGUGGGAGUAACAACUGGUGGAACAAAGUCCAGAGAUCUGCAGACAACUGUAUGUCCUACAGCUGCAUGUCUUACUGAGGAUAAACCAGACAAGCCUCCAUCUAAUGACAAACGUCCUGAACCCAAACUACCAUCUCGCAAAGAGUCCAACCUCCCUACCAGAGCUUACCGCAGAGACGAGAGGGAGCGAGACAGAGAAAGAGACCGAGAGAGGGAAAGAGAUGUGGAAAGAGAGCAGGACUGGCCUUCUGAUUUUAAAGGCCGUGGUCGGGGAGAGUACUAUUCCCGUGGCCGAAGUUACAGAGGCAGCUAUGGUGGGAGGGGCAGAGGUAGCCGUGGUCGGAGUCGAGGGGACUACCCAUACAGAGAGCCACGGUCACGCUUGGACUUGCCAUUAAAUGCCACAGGGACAGCUAGUUUCCGCUGCAGAGAAGAGAGUGAAACCCGUAGCGAGAGCUCAGAUUUUGAAGUCUUGCCUAAGCGCAGACGCAGACGAGGCUCUGACACAGACUCUGAAAGUGAAGGCAGAGAAUCUGCCAGUGACACUGGAGCAUCAGAUCGUGAGCCCAGCUCCAAACCGAGCAGACCGCUCCGUUGCGAGCUGCCGGAAUCUCGCUCCUCUAAAUCUGCCUCUGGAUUUGCAGCCGGAAAUCUUUCUGAAAAACCUGGGUCUCGAGAUGAGGAUGGACGACCCAAACCGGGUUUUCUGUUAAAGGGUGAGGCCACACGCCGAGGCAAGGGAGGAUUUCACAGCAGGCGAGGUGGUGGCAGGGAACGAGGUGGCCACAGAUCUGCUCCUUUCCGUCGGGCCCCUGUAAAAGAGGCCUCACAGUGGCCCUCGAAGCCCAUGGAGACCUUUUGGCCAGAGGAAGCAGAGACCUCGCGCACUGAUGGCACCCCCUCUGAAAGACGGCACACCAAAUAUGACAACAAGAAGAUCGGAGAGGGAGGACAAAACAUACGGGAGAGGCCCCGGAGACCAAGGGCAGCCCGUCCUCCCAGACAGGACAAGCCCCCACGAUUUCGGAGGCUUAAAGAACGUGAAGCAGCAGUGUUUGCUGUGGAAGCUAUUCCUGGUGUGCCAGUACCUACAUCGGUCUCCCCAACGCUGUCCAAAGUUCCUGGAACGCUGGUCACUUUGCCUGAGGGAGUGGCUGAUACCAGUACAGCACCUGCUCUCACUCCUGAUGUAACGCCCCCUGAGCUUCCUGUCACAGAGACAGUUGUUCCUGAAAUGGGAGCCACCACUGUAGUUGCUGCUGGCAGCAAAUCACCUGACUUGUCCAAUCAGAACUCUUCUGACCAGGCCAAUGAGGAGUGGGAGACAGCCUCUGAGAGUAGCGACUUCAACGAAAGAAGAGAGCGAGAGGACAAGAAGCAACUUGAAGCAGCCGUGACUUACACCAUUACUACUUCCUCCUCUAUGCCCACACAGAUCUCUGGAGGACAGAGCAAAUCACCCACAGAAAGUGUGGCAAUCCCUAAACGGGAGAUAGCCUUGGUAGCCAAGAGGAGCUUCUCUAGCCAGCGGCCUGUGGAUCGACAGAACCGCAGAGGAAAUAGCGGGCCUAAAACGGGUCGAGGGUACCCUGCAGGCAAGAGCGAGAGAAGGGGAGGAUCUGGAGCCAAAUCGGGACGCAGGGGUGCUGCUGCUCAGAAUGCAGAGGCUGGUCAGGCCAGUACGGGUCAGAAAGUUGGGAAAGACCCAGCGCCCAGUCGCCGGAAAGAGGAAGCAAAACAAGCUGUCAAAAAACCCAAAGAGAAAGAAAAUGCUUUGUCUCAGUUUGAUCUCAACAAUUAUGCCAGUGUAGUGAUCAUUGACGACCACCCAGAGGUCACGACACUGGAGGACCCUCAGUCAAACACGAACGAUGAUGGGUUCACUGAGGUUGUUUCACGGAAGCAGCAGAAACGUUUGCAGGAUGAGGAACGAAGGAAGAAAGAAGAGCAGACUGCACAGAACUGGAGUAAAAAGGGCUCUGGUGAGAAGGGCAGGGGAGGUGGCGGUUCUAAACUCCCUCCGCGAUUUGCCAAAAAGCAGCAGCAACAGCAGCAGCAACCAUCAGCUCCAGCUCCACAGACCCAGUCUGUCCCUCAACCACAGCCAGCUAUCUCUGUGUCGCAGCACAACCUGCCUGCCUCUAACCAGAGUACUAGCUCACCCCAGCCUCUUGAGGGUGCUGUGGCACCUCUGGCCCCCUCACCUGUAGACUUCGCUGCCAAGAGUCAAACGCACAACACCCUGGGUACAGAACUAUGGGAGAACAAGGUGGCUGGCUCCACUGUUCUCUCUGAUGUCAAAAAACUUGGACCUAUCAGCCCUCCCCAGCCUCCAUCUGUCAGUGCUUGGAACAAACCCCUUACUUCAUUUACUGGGGCCGUUACACCUGAGGGUGUGAAAAUGGGAACAGAAAGUGGGGUUGAGCUGGGCAUGGACAGCAUCCAGUUUGGUGCCCCGUCUUCAGCAGGAAGCACUGACAGUGACGGAGUGCCCGCCCUGCUAGAGAAAACCUCUGAUAAUAAACUACCCGAACCCAAAGAGCAAAGACAAAAACAGCCUCGUGCUGGACCUGUCAAACCUCAGAAGUUACCUGACAUCCCCCCUCCAGAGCACAAGGAAUAUAAACCUGGUCCCAUUGGUAAAGAGCGUUCGCUCAAGAACCGUAAGGCUGCCAAAGAUGUGCGUCAGUCCGAUGGAGAGGUCCUGGAUAAAAAUGGAACUAGAGGCAGCCGAGACAGAGACUCCAGCUCACCCACUAAAGACAAAGUUCCUGAGCUGGGUGGAGACAUUGAGGGCAUGAUUACUGCUCCAUCAGCUGAAUACUCCAGCAUCUCUAAGGAAUCAGUGACUGACUACACAAUCCCAUCUUCCUCAUUAGCUGACAACGUCCCCACUGCAGGGACCAAGAUAGAGGAGAGCCUUGUGGCACCUGUGGCGCUCCCGCACCCAUUGCCUAUUCAGCGAAGAGAAGCCCUGCAGCAGAGCUCCAGCCUUGCCACAGUCUCUCCUGCUACUGUUGACCUCACACUUAAAAUGGAAUCUGCGCGUAAGGCUUGGGAGAACUCGCCUAGUCUUGUGGAAAAGAGCUCUCCUGUCACCUCCUCUGCCUCCCCCAUCACCAGUGGAGGAGGAGCAGGCAGUGCCUCCUUCAACUCCUUCUCUAGUGCUUCAGUGCCUCAGAUACCUGUGGCCUCGGUCACCCCCAGCACCUCCCUGUCUGGAUCUGCAACCUACACAACAUCCUCUCUCAGCACGAAGAGCACAUCAGCCUCUGACCCUCCCAACAUCUGUAAGGUGAAGCCCCAGCAGCUGCAGAGUUCAGGAAUGUCCAGCACUAACUUCUCCCAGCUGGGCUGUGCGCCUUCUCUGUUACCGCAGCAACAGACCCCACAGGUGUUCGUAUCCCAGUCUGCAGCAGGUAAAUAUUUUUCUCCUACAGGUGACUUCCCGGGCUCCGUAGCUUUGUGUUUCACCACCUACUGUUUGAGGAUGUGUGAGAUGGAUCUGAAGCUCUUCAGUUGUGGAAUGGAUCUGAAGCCUGGAACUCCACCUGUCAGCGCCAGAAGCACUACCCCCACUUCUAGCCCUUAUAGGGUGAGCUCCACAAGCCCCAGUAGUCAGUCUAGCAGGAUGAACAGCAUGCUGUAUCCCAAACAGUUCCAGUCGGGAUCUGCAGGAAUGCGCAUUGCCCAGCACUUCCCAGGACCAUUCAACCCACAGAUGCUGUCUCAGACUAACAUGGUGUCUCCAUUGGUGCGUCAACCCCAUGCAAACUCAUUUCCUGGAGGGGUACAGCGUUCACCCAUGGGUCCACCCAUGUCCCCUAAUCUGAGUGGGGGUCUGAUGCCCCAUCCUAGACCCCAGCAUCCUCCACGUGGACCUUCUGGUCCCUCAUUUGCACCCCGUGGCACACAGGCUGCUCUGAAAGCAGAACAGGACCUUAAGGCUAAACAAAGAGCAGAGGUAUUACAGUCUACCCACAAGUUCUUCUCUGAGCAACAACAGCUCAAGGCUCCAGUCAGCAAGCAAACCCGUAUAGAAGGAGCAGGCAAACCCACUGACAUCAUCACUUCAAAUCACCAGGGGGCGCCAUCAGACCGCGCAGAGUCUGACAAAUCUGCAACAACCAAACCCAUCCGGACGGGUCCGAUCAAACCACAGGCCAUCAAACCAGAAGAGAGCAAAUAGUCGUUACUGCUUCAGGAAGGACAGAUGGAUGGAAGGAUGGACUGAGAGGCCGAGUGCCAGGGGAGGGGGGGCGACGUCCUACAGCACCUGAAAGUGGUAGAGAAGUAUAGGGAAGUAGAGUGAUGGAGGUUAGUUUUAUGAGGUGCUGUGCAUUUCCCUCACACUUACUGUGCCUGUUUUCCUCAUCCUUUUAUCAGUCCAUCCAUUCUCUCCUCCGCUGUGGUUGGCAUUACAGAGAAAUCGCCCCUCCAUUGUGUGAACUGUACAUCCUCAGUGAACAAUGAAGGUAGACAUCAACAUGAGUUACACAUGCUGCUGAGAAUGCCAUUUUUAUAGCAAUUUGAUUUACUUUUCACUUUCUCGUUUCCUCGUGUAGAGAAACGCAUUUUAGGCAGGCAAAUGUCUCCUUUUUUUGAUUGAAGAUAUUUUCCCCCCAUAAUCUUAUUUUUUUUUCUGUCUUUAUGUUCUCAAGCAAUGUUUCAGUUAUGGCGAUAAAGAUACAAUGAAAAGUCUACACACACACUCGCGCAUACCUUUUAUCGUGUGUAUGUGUACACCUCUCUCAACAUUACCUGCACUCACAACUUGCUUUGACUUCAACCAUGUGUAUUGGCCUUAACAAUACAUAGAACAUUAUUUCAGCUGAUUAGGAAUUGAUUACCGAUGUAUCCGAUUAAUUUAUCGAUUGCAGUCUCCACUGUGAGCCUUCCCUCUUGCCUUCUCCGUAGUCUCAAGAAUCGAAGAUUGUGUGUUUGCGUGUGUGCGCAAAAUACCCUUGAAUCUUUAGCCAAAGUUUAGGCAUCAAGAGACCUGAAUCCUUUUAAGAUGAAUAUAUAUGAUUUUGACAAAGACGGCUCAGCUUGGUCAACAGAUAGUAGAAUUAUGAUGGAUUUAGUUUUUGUAAACGGUUCCUCCAGACCCAGGCCUAUGUUUGAUGUGUCCUAAGCUUAAGCCCCUCCACUUUUCUGUGAAUGAGGACAGAUGUAGACAUGCCCACUUCUAUAACUCCAGUCUUUUACCUUCCAGCCUCUUCACACAGCUCCCAACCAUGCUGCUGACCAGCUUUGACUCUCCUGACCAAUCACUGCAGAGGAGGGGUGGGGUUUGGGUUGGGGUCAGUGGUCAAGCAAUUUAGGUUCAGUGCUAAAGAGCGUAGCUGCAAUUUUAGAAAAGAAACGUCGAGUGUGAGGCUGCCAGACUCAAUGGGGGGUUUGGGGCAAAAGUGGUAAGUCUCGAACAGAGAUUACCACAUGUUUUGGACUACUCUGUUAUGGUGACCACAGACCUGAGUAUAUAAGGUCUUUCUCCAAACCACUCCUCUUGGGUUGCUAUUGCAAAGAAGGGGCCUGCAGUUGAACAAGGGUUUCAGUACGGCCCCCCAUUUCUUGUUUAGUAGGAAUGAGAAACUACAAAGAGAAGGGGAGGAGAGGGAAUUUUUUUUUUUUCUUUUCUUUUCUUUUGAUUUCUGUUUUUGUUUUACUUGUACAGGGGUUAAAUUACUGUAUUAAAAUAUGUAAGGUCUUAUUUACAUUCUCCUGGUUUGGUUACAGAAACUAAUAAAAUAAUAUGCUGUAAAAA